AUGGGGUUCCGCCGUCUUCGCCCUGUCCUCAUUAUUGAUGGGACUCAUCUAUCCGACAAAUACAAAGGGGUACUACUCACUGCCAGCGGUCAAGACGCAAACUUCCAAGUCUUCCCUUUGGCUUUCGCGGUGGUAGAUGGUGAGUCCCAGAACACAUGGACCUGGUUUCUUGCUAAGGUUGAAAGGAUAAUUGCUGACUCUACUGCCCUCUCCAUUAUCUCAGACCGAUAUUCUUCCAUUCUAAAAGCCAUGCGAGAAGUCUUCCCCAAGUCCCGUCACGGAGCCUGCAUUGUCCAUUUGAUGCGGAAUGUUGUUUCGCGAUACAAGAACAAAGGCUUAGCAAAGAUGGUUUGUGAGGCUGUAUUCUCUUACCGCCGCAAAGAUUUCGAUCUCUGUUUUGGGAAGAUCAGGACUUACUUCCCCGACAAUCGUUACAAUCUUCUUACCAGCAACAUUGCUGAGCAGCUCAACAAUGCUCUUACCAAGUCCAGAUCUUCACCUAUCAUCGAGCUGUUCAUGUUUAUUCAGCGAAUGUUAACUCGCUGGUUCUCUGCGAGAAGAACAAAAUCAGCUAAAUGUCGGGGGUUUGUCACACCGGAGGUUGAGAAGGUGAUGCAGACACAUAUUAGGCUCACUAAAGGCAGCAAGAUAGCAAACAUCACCGAUUGGAGCUAUCAAGUUAGGGGACUUUUCGGUCAUGCCAACACUGUCUCUCUGGAAACAAAAGUCUGUACUUGCCAAGUGUUCCAGAAACUCAAAAUCCCUUGCGGCCAUGCCCUGUUAGCUGCUGACUACAUCGGUCUUCCCUAUGCCCAACCUUUUGGAGAUUGCUACAAGACACAGUCAUGGAUCGACACCUAUGCAGGAGUCAUAUACCCUGAAGCCCCCUUGGGAGAUCUCCCUGUACCUGAUUCGAUCACAAUGCUCCCCCCCCAGACUCGCCGUCCAUCUGGACGCCCCAAAGAUAAGCGUGUUGCAUCAACAGGAGAGAUCCCACCCCCUAAGAAGAAAAAACUUAUUCCAAACAAAUGUGGGCGCUGUGGCCGUACCGGUCACAACCGAACCAACUGCAUUGUCCCCAUCUGA